AUGGGAUAUGGCUCCAACCAGGGAGCGGACCCUGGCGAUGGCGAGAGAGGUUAUAGGAGGAAGCGGUUAGCUGCCAUGGCUGGCAAUCUAUACAGGAGCGGCCAAGCUGCGGUUUCCGAGAUCAAGGAAUCAUAUGCCCAGACUAGGGCAGGACCUGCGGCUGCAGGACACGAGAACCAUGGACGUAUACACAUCCCAGGUGCGUUUCCUGAUGUCGUAAUUACCGUCAGAGGCGAUGAUCAGAUGGUGCUAUUUCCAUCAUACGCAAAACAGCACACCAAGCAAGAUUGGAACGAGGUGGUAAAGGACGACUCAGAUUCUUCGCAUAGUAGUACCAAAGACGAAGACUUUUGGCGUCAAGAAUGGGAACGAAACGAGGACGAAAGGGCUAUUGUUGACGUUGACGUCCGUGGAUGGAUUUAUACUCCUCACACAGGCCCCAUGACAAGGAGAAACAGAUUCCUGAUCGGUUUGGCACGGCAAUUGAGUGGAAUCCCAGCCCCCAGAGCAGACCAGACUUAUAAUUCGGCGACUGGUCUCCCGCACUCGAGCCUUCAAGCACGCGAGGAGCAGAAGGAACAAGAAAAGAUCAACUCCGAAGCCAAGCGCAUAGAACGAAUAGGACAACGCGAGAAGAAGGCUGCCUACCAGGGACGCUACAGUGAGAAGACGCCUGAAAUCGAUGAUCCUCUGAAGGAUAGUACCUACUAUCCUUCUCGAUCAGGGAAUCAAUCUCCAGAUUCAAUACCAUCAAGCCCGACAAUGCCAGCUAGAACUAUGUCAUCGAGCACUGCCGACCUUAGUGAGAGCGAUCUAGUUCUCGCCAACGCCAACCUCAUGGCUCGAAUUGCCCCUUUCAUGACGAACCCUUCGGUUGCCCUUCCGAUCACCUUCUUCUUCUACAACCGUGACAAGUCUCAAUCCAAGACCGUCAUGACUAACGACGCGGGUCAUUUCGUUAUUCGUGCUGCUCUCGACUUUGUUCCGACCCAUGUUCGAGUUCUCGCAGAUGAAGGUCUCUCGGUUAUUCAAGAGAUCAAGGUCAUCGAGCCAUAUGGAGUUAGUCUUAUCAGUGAUAUUGACGACACAGUCAAGAAAUCCAAUAUUUCUGCAGGAGCCAAAGAGAUAUUCCGCAACACUUUUAUCCGAGAUCUCUCUGAUCUCUCUGUGGAAGGUGUCAAGGAGUGGUAUAAUCGAAUGGUUGAUAUGGGCGUCAGCAUCCACUACUGUUCCAACAGCCCAUGGCAGCUUUUCCCGGUCCUGGCUAGCUUUUUCAAGAUUCAUGGACUGCCGCCUGGAUCACUUCAUCUGAAGCAAUACAGCGGUAUGUUGCAGGGUAUCUUCGAACCAGUCGCUGAGCGAAAGAAGUCAACACUUACUCGACUCCUAAAAGACUUCCCCGAGCGAAUGUUCAUUCUCGUGGGUGACAGUGGAGAAGCAGAUUUGGAGGUUUACACUGAGCUCGCUCUGACGAAUCCUGGUCGUAUCCUCGCUGUGUUUAUUCGGGAUGUCACGACGCCUGAAGAAACAGCAUACUUCAGUUCUGGGUUUGAUUUCAACCGGCCAAGGACCUCGGCCGCCCAAAACGAUGCUUCAAGAAAUGUUUCAAGAAAACCUUCCUAUCAGAACAUGGGGUCUGGUGAAAAUCGAGAAAUGAAGUCAUCAGCAGGUCCAGCUAUGGGAGACUUGAUCGACCUUUCAAAUGAGCCCGGACAAACAACGAUCGAUCGCAACGCAGCACUUGCUCAAGUCCGAGGCUCCAACACAAGAAGUGCAAGCACAAACGAUCUCAUAAGUGGACGUAAGCCACCACCACCUAGGCCGGCGAAGCCAGUUGCACUGAGAAGUGCCAAGUCAAUCACGGAACUGAAUAAGGGACUUGUUCGACAGAACUCUGAUGAGCUCCCACCGCCGCCUCCGCCAAGAAGGCCUGGGGUGCAACCUCGAGAGCAUACAGCACCAGUUCACCCCUUGAAGCAAAUUCACAACUCCUCUGAGCAGAGCUCGGUUGGCAGUGGUAGCAGCUUCAAGAUUCCAGCUCAAUCUCGUGAUAGAGGUUCUUCCUCUCCAGGAAAUGUUCCUCCGCCACCUCCACCACGUCGGCGUGGUACGCCAUCCAGUAUCACCGAACCGAGCCAAAACCCUCGCCUUCCACCACGUCCCACACAGACAUUGGCUGAUCGGGACGUAGACUAUGAUCCUCUACCUUCACCAUCAGCAUAUCCCCCUCAAUCAUUUGGUUCCGCAGGAUCACUCUACAGGCCAGAGACCAACGCAUCAGCAGCAGGCUCACCGACACUGGGCCCCGCGGUAGUGAACAAGAAGUUAGAAUUAUGGAAGAGGAGAUUAGCAAGAGCACAUGAACAGUUGGACGGGCUAGGUGUGGCCCUGUACACGUGGCGACGAGGAAACGAUGUCAUUGCCGAGGCAGAGGGAAUUGUAAAACGGACCCUCGCGGACAUGGAGAAGAAGAGAAGGAUGAAACAAUAG